UCUGCUCUGUGACUGAAUCGACACAGUGCCCUGCUGGUUGGUAGCUAACACAACGCAAAGGACAUGGAGAAAGCAGUUGGAUCACUGCAAGAACAGGCACUUAAGAGAAAGGAAAGAUUGAAGGCGUUGAGAGGCAGACAGCUUCAUGGGAGAGAUCCAGAUGAUGGAGAGCCAGAGAGGAAGAGAGCGGCAGAGGAGGCAGAGUCUGAGGAGAAACACAGAGAGCUGAAGUUGAGGAAUUAUACACCAGAAGAUGAGGAGCUGAAGGAGAGACAAGUGCCAAAGGCUAAACCUGCAUCAGUUGAGGAGAAAGUGAAGGACCAGCUAGAGGCAGCAAAUCCUGAGCCUGUCAUUGAGGAAGUGGAUCUGGCUAACCUUGCCCCCAGAAAGCCUGACUGGGAUCUGAAGAGGGACGUGGCCAAGAAGCUGGAGAAGCUGGAGAAGAGAACGCAGAGAGCCAUCGCUGAGCUCAUCCGUGAGCGUCUGAAAGGCAGUGAGGAAGAGUUAGCCGGAGCGGUUGGAGCAGUUGGAGUGGAGGAAGGAGACUCGGACUAAUCCCGGAUUAGCCUGCAACAUCCUUCAUUCCCGGUCACCAUCCAGAAGCCAGCAAGCCCUCUUGCAGUUGCUUGACCCGUGGGCAUUGUUUGGUGUAGUUGGCCUGCGUCUGGGGGCAAGCUGAGACCAAACAAAUCUGAUUCUGUUUGUUUGAAGUUUGUUGCCCAUGUUAGUUAAUGCUAAUUUGCAUUACGUCUCUCAGGCAUGCACGUGGGUUGCGUGUGUCUGGAUAAGAUCAGAUGAUGCUAUUUCAGAGCCACUGUAUGGCCACCUGCACCACAGCGCAGGACUAAAAUGUCAAAACAGAUAACGGCAAAACCUCAAGCUGUCAAAGGGUCUGGACUCAUCCAUUUAAUUUUUUUGGCAACCACUUUUUGAUAUGUUUUUUCAGAUAAAGAAUUUUUGAUUUGUUGUUGUAAAGUUCUCUGUAUGUCAUUGUGUCCUUUUGCUGACAUUAAGACCUUUGGGAUCCAGAGCACAUUAACAAUGUCUAGUCUAUAUGUACAGAGCAAUUUGAGUAAACAGAUUAAAAGAAAAUUAACCGUAUGUUAAAAACAUCUGUAUCCGGAGAAGCAUGAAGCCAGUGAAUCACAUUUUCUCAUUUUGUUGAUUUAUUGCACUCCAUGGCCAUUUUUAACUGACAACAUGUAACUGUUAAAUUCAAUAACAGGUUAUGACUAACAAUAACAUCAUCUUUUCGCAGAUACAGCCAUACUGGGUUUACUUGCCAUGCCCAUGUGGGCAGACACAGUCUAAGUCAUUUUCCAUCACAUCCUGUGAGGAUGUAAUUUAUCAAACACAUUUAAAGUGCAAAAGCUAAGUACAGUACUGCUAUGACUACCCCAUAUGGCUGCAAAUAUACCACAAAUUCUCUUGGUUAAUAGGAUUAAAUAUUGCUAAUGUUUCGGGACAGACUAUAAUUAACUAUAAUUUCCAACACCCCAUUGACCGUAUUGGCAACAGCAAAAGAUAAUGUUAUUUCUGAUGUCGAUGUGAUAGCAGCCACAUAUAAAUACCCAUUCAUAGCACAAGUUCUGGAUUCUGUUUGUGAGAUUAUUUAGCUGUUGUGUUGGAAGGGGACUUUUUCUCAAAGCCUUGACAAAUCACCUCAGAUUUUUACAAAUCUGGUGUUGAAGGUUUAAGGGUAUUUGGUUUGGCUCAACCCAAAAGUAAAAUCUGCUACAUGCACUGGGUUUGUAAUUUGUUAUAAUCGGAGAGGUCCAUUUUUUUAAUUGUAGUCCAACACUGAGUAGACAGUCAGACACAAGCUGACGCAUACACAAAUAUGACAUAACAGUAAAAUGUAAUGAUUAAGGUGCUGUUUACACUAGCAAAAAAUAUGCAGUAAAAAAGCCUAAAUUCAUUUUGAGUGGAUGCACUGCAGAAAACCAUGCUUGGGAUAUACUGUGGCCUAGUCAGUUUUCAGUGAACUUCUAUGUGAUAUUUGCACAUUGUGAAUGCACAGAUGUUUCAACUAGUGCAGUAGCAUAGAAAAAACCUGUUUAGUUUCCCUGUUCUACCAGUAUAAACAGCCCUUAAAGAGGAAGAGGAAAGAGUAAAAAUUCAACAGACUUUGGGACUAAUUGACAGUAAGCUUAGUCAAUUUGAUUGAUAAUUAGUAGUUACAGACCACAACAAAGCUAAUGUUUUUGGCGUAACACUGCAAGUCACAUAACUAAAGCACCUAUCUAGUUCUACUUGAAAAGCGGAAAAUAUUUUCACCCAGUAAUAAUGCCAAAGUUCUAGUAUGCAAGAUUCCAACAGACAUUCAUGUUCCUGGAAUAAAUGUUUUGCCAGACAAAAACAGCAUCAAAAAAGAUAUCUAAGAUUUUUAAAUUAAGAAAUUUUCAAUUAGUUUGUCAAGGGGAUAUGGCUCAGACAAAUCACAUAGUAAAAUGUAGUCCUAAUUCAUCUCUUUGUUUGCUUUGAAACAGAGGGAGUGGAGUUCUACAUGAGAGAGCACAUUUAUAGGAACAACAUAAAAAUUCAACCUUACAUAAAUUUUUACUCUGGGGAAAGCUUUGUGAAAAUUCAGAUAUUCAUAUCAUAUAUCCUCCCCACAAAAGUCUUAUUAGCAC